AUGGGCGAUUACCUAUAUCAACUUUCUGAUAAGUUCACUCAGUUUGUCUCAAACCUCGCCAAACUCAGUUUUCAACUCAAAUCUGAACUGUUUAUCGGCUGUGUCUCUCAACUUUACACACUUCAUCAAGUUCUUCAAGAAAUCUUGGGAACUUUAUCACCUUCCUUUAACUCAUCAAGGGAUGCCCUCGCUUGGUUUCUCAAGACACCGUCUGGAGAGCACCUAUCCAUUUGGACUGAAGACGCCAUUUUUGUUUUAAUUUCAUUAAUUUUGAAGUCUGAUUCUUGUUACAAGAAUAAUAAUUCGAGGGAUGAUUCUGUGUCCAUGUCGUCGAGUUCCGUGGAAAUUCCAGACUUGAUGUCUUGA